GCUCAAGAACUGACUCCAACGCCCUGUCAAACGUAGUUAUUGUGGUAGCGGUUUCCAUCUCUGCACCUAAAUCCAUGCCUGGUUUUCUUAGCGCUCCUUCCUUUAAAAGUGGUCUAAGGUCCGUGCCAUUAUGUACGAGGCUGACAGCUUACAGUUUCGCCAGAAGCUUCUGAACAUUGCCGGAGGCUUGGGAAAGGGUGAUGUAGAGGACCUCAAAUUUCUCUGCAAGGACUUGAUCCCCUUUGGCAAGCUGGAGGUGAUGACAUCAGCCCGUGAGGUCUUCGAGUUCCUCAUAAGUAACGACGUAGUAAAUCAGGAGGACACCUUUGUCAUAGCGGAGCUUCUCUAUAGGAUUCACCAGAUUUGUCUGCUGCCCCAAAUUGGCUAUAACAAAGAGAUGGUUCAAGGAAAUCUACAUCUAAAAGGGCAGGUGUCUGAAUUCCGACAGAUGCUGUAUGAAUUGUCAGAAGACUUCACGGAGGAUGGUCUCACAUCUGCUGUGUUCCUUCUGAAAGAUCAUCUCCCAAAGAGACAAUCCCGUAUGUCUGGUAUAGAACUACUGACUGCCUUAGAGAAGAAAGACCUCUUAUCUGAGAACAACCUAACCUUGUUGGAAGAUGUGUGCAAGAAAGUAUCGCCAGACUUACAGAAGAAAAUCAUAACGUACAAACUGAAAAGAGUUUCUCUGUCAGUUCAAGAAAGCAAAGAAACCGUGCCCUCUUCAGUCCGGAGAUCACCUUUAGGAGGUGCUAGCCUGCCCACUGCUAUCCAGGAAGGAUCUACCCAGUGCACAACAAAAAGUUCUGAUUCUUACGGCAGCCUGAGGCAGCACACUGGUCACGUUCAUUCUCUCGGAUCGAAUCCAGGCGUCAAAGCAGAAGAUUCGGUUGGCCACUCAGAACAGAGCUUUUCAUUGGGCGAACAGGAUGAUGAAUCAAAAAUUGCAACCAAGAAGUAUAAAAUGGAUGGUCUGCGUAAAGGAUAUUGCCUCCUUUUUAAUAAUGAAAACUUUGAAGGACCUCUCGGACAAAGGAAGGGAUCUCAGAUAGAUGCCAAGGAACUGGAACGUGUGUUUAAAUGGCUCGGGUUCGAAGUGGAAACGUACGAUAACCAGACCUCGACGGAAAUCCACCAGCACCUGCAGAAAUGGCAGUCUUCGGAAGACUGGAAAGACAGCGACUGCUUGGUCUGCUGCAUUCUGUCUCAUGGCAAAUCAGGAGAAAUAUACGGCACGGAUGCCCAGCUAAUCCCCAUCCGUACCAUCAUGUCCUACUUCACGGCUAAGCAGUGCCCGCUGCUGGCUAGAAAGCCCAAACUCUUCUUCAUCCAGGCCUGUCAAGGUGAAAAGACACAGAAAGCUGUCUUCCUUGACGUGGACACGGAUGAUCAUCUUGGCUCAGAUGCUCAGAGUGCCGGAUUGCCCUCUCCACAGCCAAGCAUUCCAGAAGAAGCAGAUUUUCUCCUUGGCAUGGCCACGGUGGAUGGGUAUCUCUCGUACCGGCACACGCGGGAAGGCACGUGGUACAUCCAGGCACUCUGUACCAAGCUGAAGCAGUUGGUGCCACGAGGUGAAGACAUCUUGUCCAUUCUUACAGAAGUCAAUAAAGAUGUCAGCUAUCGUGCAGAUCCCCAAGGGGAAAAGAAACAGAUGCCCCAGCCAGCAUUCACCCUGAGGAAAAAAUUGAUAUUUCCUGUGCCUAAAGAUCCUCCUCCAUCACAGCAGCCGUAGGACUUCCGUGGUGUGUCCGCCAUUUUGGAUUUCUGGAACCAUGACUACACAAAACUCCAUUCUCCCUCUUUUGUAUGUUUUGCACCAAGACUUCAGCUGCUGAAGAUUUCCAUUAUUUUAAUUCAGAUUCAUCCCCCACCUUUGUGGGCGCAAACCAGUAUUCUGUAUAUCAAUAUAUAUUCCCCUGUGGUUUCAUACAUGUUCUUCUGGGUAAACAGUAACUCACCACAACCAUUUAAACCAACCACCACCAAGAGUGAUCUGCUCAAAUUCUGGAAAAAUUCAUUUCUCCCCCUCUGAGGUAAACUCAUUCCACAGAAAAUGCAACGGACCCUAACUAAUCCAAAAAGAAAA